CUCUCCGCUAAAGAUGUGAAAAUGGCGGAGCUACAAAUGCUUCUGGAAGAGGAGAUUCCAGCAGGACGAAGCGCUCUCCUGGACAGUUUCACCAAUUUGGAGCGAGUCGCGGAGUACUGCGAGAGCAACUAUGUCCAGUCUCCAGACAAGCAGAGGGCGCUGGAGGAGACCAAGAACUACACCACCCAGUCUCUGGCCAGCGUAGCCUACCUGAUCAACACGCUGGCCAACAAUGUGCUGCAGAUGCUGGACAUCCAGGCGUCGCAGCUCCGCCGCAUGGAGUCGUCCAUCAACCACAUCUCACAGACGGUGGACAUCCACAAAGAGAAGGUAGCCCGGCGGGAGAUCGGCAUCCUCACCACCAACAAGAACACGUCCCGCACACACAAGAUCAUCGCCCCGGCCAACCCCGAGAGGCCCGUGCGCUACAUUCGCAAACCCAUCGACUACAGCCUGCUAGACGACAUGGGCCACGGAGUCAAGGCCAGCGCUCAGAACAUGAAGGCCGGAGGAGGCGGCGGACUUCCUCGCACCAACCCCCCGACACAGAAGCCCCCCAGCCCGCCCAUGACGGGGAAAGGGACCCUCGGGCGACACUCCCCCUAUAGGACGCUCGAGCCGGUGCGUCCACCCGUUGUCCCUAACGACUACGUCUCGAGCCCGACGCGCAACAUGGCGCACCCCCAGCAGAGCCCUGCACGCACUGCAUCCGUUAAUCAGAGGAACCGCACGUACAGCAGUGGGAGCAGCGGAGGAAGCCACCCCAGCAGCAGUCGCAGCAGCAGCCGAGAGAACAGCGGCAGCGGCAGCGUGGGCGUGCCCAUCGCCGUGCCGACCCCGGCCCCGCCCACCGCCUUCCCAGGUGCUCCUCAGUUCUACAGCAUGAACCGCCCGGUGCAGCCGCCCCAGAACGCUCCGGUGGGCGGCUCCCUGCCGUACCGCCGGCCCUCGUCCGUCACCGGUCAGCCCAACGUGGCCCACAACCAGAGCCAGCUCAACGGAGGGCCGCACUUCGCCCAGAACCAAGCCGGCCCGCUCGCGCCCCCUCCCCCCUCCAUGCAGAUCACCCCUCAGCUGCCUCUGAUGGGCUUUGUGGCCCGAGUUCAGGAGACCAUCUCAGACGUGCCGCCGCCGCCUCCGCCCGCCGACGAGCCGGUGUUUGAGGAGCCGACACCUCCGCCGCCGCCGCCCGAAGACUACGAGGACGACGAGGACGAAGAGGAGUCGGCGGUGGUGGAGUACAGCGACCCGUACGCCGAGGAGGACCCGCCCUGGGCGCCACGCAGCUACCUGGAGAAAGUGGUGGCCAUCUACGACUACACCCGCGACAAAGAAGACGAGCUCUCGUUCCAGGAGGGCGCCAUCAUCUACGUGAUCAAGAAGAACGACGACGGCUGGUUCGAGGGCGUGAUGAACGGGACCACGGGCCUCUUCCCCGGCAACUACGUCGAGUCCAUCAUGCACUACGCCGACUGAACAAACCCUCCUGCCGCCGCCGCCGCCACAGGGGGGAGGCGGUGGAGAGGGAUGGAGGGAGGGGAGCCAAGGGUCAAAGACUUUGAUCAGACAGAGCAUGAUCACCUCCGGGCGAGGAGAGAGGAGGCAGCAGCGCGACGAACUCACCCUCUCGACAUCGCCGCCAUUGUAAAACAACCACUACUCUAGAUAUCCCUGUAAUCCUUCUUUCUUUACUCCUUCAUUCGACCGACUGGACGGAUCGAGGCCACUACGUUUAUUUUUGCUUCUUCUUUUUGUUUUGUUUUUAUUUUUGGUUGCCAGUUUGCCCUUAUUCGCAACAAUAUUUAUUAGUAGUGGGAUAAACGGUGAGCAGGCAGACUUUAAAGGGCUGGAGGAAAAUGCCUUCAUGUGAUUUUCUCCUCGACACUCCAGAGAAAAAGUCCUCGGCGGGGAUUUAUUUUAUGUUUUUUUAUUUUGUUUAAACGGUUGGGUUGGUACCUCACGGUUGCCAAAAAAAAAAAGAAAAGAAAAGCACAUCAGACGUCUUAAGGAUCCCCCCUCAGAGUGCUUUAAAUUUAUCGUUCGAUUAAACCGGGUGUUUAGUCGCUUCACUUUUCCGGCGAAGGAAUCGUCAUCCAGCCCGUCACGCGAGAGAGGAAAGACCCUCGACUGCACAAUAGUUCUUUAUUCUUUACCAAGAGGUCCAGAGUUUUGCUUGCGGAGCGGCAUGUUACGACGAGGAUUUUAAAAAAUGAAAAAAGGCGUCUUUUCUGCUCUACUGAUGAUUAAUGUCUUAAUAUUUUUAGAUAUGGUGUGGUUUGGUUUUUGAUAUUCACCCACGACGACGACGACGAUGCAUUUAGGUCAUUUCUAAGAUGCUUGUGCCAUAUUGAAGUGUGUGUUGCUGUUCAGAGGUUAUCACUUCAUUUGCAAUAAAAUUGGCCAGAGUGGGUUCGUUGAGCUACGGUUUUAUUUUUCUUCUUCUUCCGGUUUUUGUUUUGAAUCGAAAGCACAUACAUUUGUAGUUUUCAAAAAAGGAAAAAAAUUAAAAAAAAACAAAAGGUGUAGAAGAGAAGAAAUAAUAUAAAUGUGAGAUGUAUUAUCAAAAACGGGACUUUAUUGAAUAUGAAAAGAAGCCAGCUGUCGUGUUGAAAAUGGUUUUAACCAUCGCGAGCCCCCCCCCUCCUCCUGCCCCCCCCGAUAUGAAAAAAUAUGACGCCGUUUGUCCUCCGUACGGUUUAUUAAAACGCUUUGGUGUUCGCGAGGGCUCAGUGCUUAUGUCAGAAUCUUUAUUUUCUAUUUAAAAACAGAAAAAAAAGUACUAAAAAGUGGGUCUGUUUGUGAGUCUUGCAUGCCAUUGUUCUUAUCUGUACUGGUGUCCCAAAAAACCUACGUGGCAAGAUCACCCAUUCAAAAGACAAGCAGCCCUGCAGCUCCGACCGGGAACCACCAGCCUCAUCCAAAGAGACUGUUUCAGUCCAGGAGUCGCCCUCUGACCUGCUGGGGGAGGACGGAGGGAGACGCCUCCUCACCCCCCUCCCCCCCCGACAGUAGCCGUCAUUACAACAGUGGUGAAUUUAAAAAAAAUACAAAUAAAAAAUCGUGUGUGUUUUUAAAAAAAAGCUGCUAGUGAAUCCUGCGGCAGAGCUGAGAAGCUGACACUAAAAAAAAUAAAGGCUUCUGCGAGGUCUGCAGGAUUCACAGCUCCCUGGAGUCACAGGCGUCCCCCCUCCCCCCCGGGACGUCCAGUUUAACAGUCCAUAAUGCCAUUGUGUUGCACAGUUAAAGUUGAAUUGCAGAAGUAUCAUAUUUGUAAAAUCAUGAGAACAAAGACAAUAAAGUUAUUAAGAUUUA